AUGUCUUUUCUAGGUAAUAUUGAUCCUGAAAUGAAUGAUCUAUCGAGUGAAAAUGAUACAUUAUCAAGUGAUUCGCAAUCAGAUUAUUCUUCUGAUGAAAAUGAAGCAUCACAUGAUCAAAUUGAAAUUGAACGUCAAAAUUUUCUUCAACAACUGAUUGAAUUUAUUCGUGAUGCUAACCUAAACAAAACAACAACAUCUUCGUUGUUGUCUUUGCUAAAUUCAAGCAAAUUCUAUGAUGAAAUUCCUGCCUCUAUAAAUCAAUUAGUAAAAAAAUUAGAUAUAAAAUUUUAUUAUGAUAUUUUUGUUUAUUGUUCCACAUGCUUCACAUUAUUAAGUAAAAUUCAAGAUCGUUGUAUUAACUGCGGAAAUCCUAAAAAAAAGGCAAAUUCUGAAUUAAUUAUUUUUUCGAUUGCCGAUGAAUUACGACGAGUCGUCCAACCAAAUAUUGAAUUAAUUAAAUGGUAUUCUUUUCGAGAGAAUCAAAUGAUAUCAGAUAUAGUAUUUGGAGAUAUUUAUAAAGAACAAUGUUCAAAUAAUUCGACAUUGACUCUAAUGAUUACCACAGAUGGCAAACCGAUGAUCAGAUCAAAAGCAACACGUACCAGCGUGUGGCCUGUAAUGAGCACAUUGGUUGAAAUACCACCUUUUAUACGUGAACGCUUGGACAAUAUGAUGUUACUGGGAUUAUGGCAUUCGCCAGUUACUCCACCAACUGACUUAUUAUUAUCAAAAAUUGUGUAUUUGAUUAAAUCAUUGACCAUGACUGGUAUUGACAUUCUUGUUGGAAAAAAGUUUGAGCACUUCGAUGUUCGCGUCCAACUAAUGACUGGCGAUUUGCCUGCUCGUGCGAAAUGCAACAAACUGAACAGCUACAAUGGAUUCUAUGCUUGUUCUCGUUGUCUGAUCGAGGGUCGUCGAUGUGCUUCUCCUUGCAAACAACACACUCUAUAUCGUUGGUUGGACUACCUGCCGUGUCGACAUUUAUCAAGAACUCAAGAACAUAUUAAUCAAUGUGUUCUACUAGUUUCGGGUGACAGUCGAACAUCUUAUGGUGUUCUUGGUUCUUCUCCAAUAUCAUCAAUUCUUUCUAUACCAUUACAGUCUACUCUGGAUUACUUUCAUCUUGCCUUAGAAGUUCACUUAAGUCUUUUUUCAACUGAAAGUUGUCUACACCAUAUUGAAAAGCUAUCUCAUGGUUCAAUCUCUUUAGGACAGCAAAUUUCAUAUUGGUGGUGCAUUCAUCGACAAAUGAAUUCAAGAAAGAUGAUAAAUCGCCCAACGUUGUUUACGAAGGCUGAGCUUAUUCUUGAUUCAUUUUUUGUUUAUGGUGUUUUAGAAAAUUAUCGUCAAGAAUUUCAUCUUGUUUAUAAUCAAACUUUUGGUGAGUUACCAUCGCCAUCAAUGAAAUUUUAUUCUCGAUACGUACACGGCUUAAUUGUAUAUCAUUCAACAUCUUAUAGUAGAAGAAAUAAUUGCAACAGUUUUAGUGUUUUAAUUGAUGCUAGGAAUUCACGUGGAGAACGUGUUAACUGUUUUGGACAAAUUCUUUUUUAUUUCUAUGUUGAUAAUCGGCCAUUUUACUUUGUCAAACAAUUCUUCGAGUCGAAAAAUCAAUUCUCUUCUUUAAUAAGACCAUCACAAGAAAAUCCCAAAUGGGAAUUUUACCUCAAUGAAUAUUAUUCUCUUAUUUGUCAUGCUAAGUCCCGUUUGAUCAUAUAUCCUUGUUCAUCUAUAAUAUCAAAAUGUAUCAUUUUUCGUUUGGAUGACAAAUAUUCUGCUUGUACACCAGUUGAACUGGAACUAGAACAUGAUUAA